GUGUAUCCAGUAACAGCUGGUGUCGGGGCGUAAUGACCUUUUGUCUCCCGACGGUCAGGUACGGAGAGGGGGGCGGAGAUUCAGAAGGAACCCCUUCAUAUCGGACUGGUCCCGGCGUCCCAGACAACAAAUGGCUGUGAACCGAUAGAGAGGGGGAGAGUGAUCCAGGUUUGUGUUUGAGAGAGCCGUGUCCAUGCUCACAUAGUGGCUUAGAGAGGGCAAGAAGCGCUCUUCAUCCUCAUCCUCACACUCAGUACAUUUUAUCCAGCUGGCAGAAGGAUGGGAGAGUACUGUUGACACCACGGAGAGAUACACGCUGAGACCGACUAUGGCUGUGGACGCGGCGUCCAGCUUCAGUUUUUGCCGUGCCUCCCUGGAGCACACGGUGUCUGCUGAGGAGCUGAGCUACCAGCUGCCGCGUCGCGCCGGAGGCAGCAACCUGACCUGGCACGACGGCCGAGGCCAGAAAACGGCACACACGCGCACUGUCAAACUACUGCAGCAGCCCGGCACAGAGGGCAUCCAGUUGCGCCCAGGAGAAGCCUUCACUGUGUACCACACCAGUCCUACUCUGUCCAGUCUCUCCAAACCAGUGGUGCUGUGGACCCAGCAGGAUGUCUGCAAGUGGCUUAAGAAACACUGUCCUCACAACUACCUGACCUAUGUAGAGGCCUUUUCCCAUCACGCCAUCACAGGGCGGGCGUUGCUGCGUUUGAACGGGGAGAAGCUGGAAAGGAUGGGAAUCGUCCAGGAAACGCUGCGGCAGGAGGUCCUCCAGCAAGUCCUCCAGCUGCAGGUUAGAGAGGAGGUCCGCAACCUGCAGCUCCUUAGUAGAACCUCCUUUGGAAACUUCUCGUAGCUCGUCCCUGGAUCCAUUUGGCAGCCCUUUCCCUUAUCCCCUGUCACAAUACAUCUCCAGGAGCCAUGGAAGAGCUGCUGUCUUCAGAUAUGUGAGCGGAGAAUCAAUGAGUGAAAGGGGAAAGGACAAGUCUAUAGACUACAUGCCAACCAGUCUGGAGGAUUCUCAUUCAACUCAGCCAAUCUGGUUUACAGACACUGAGACAGAGACAAAGCCCCGCUCAAGGCAGGGGUACCCACUGUAACAUAGUGAUAAGAUGUAAGAUUCACAAAACAAGUGGUGACGUAGGCCUGUCAUUGGUAUAUGCUUGAUCACAGCAAAUCUCCUUUUGGUUUUCCGUCUCAUUUGGAUUGGAACAGUUUUGACAGAAUCUUGGUGAAUCACCACAUUUGGGUUUAUUUUUGCUCUACAUGUUACCAGUUUUUUUGUCUCACAGUCUUUCCUCUUCCUUCUGGUGAAGGUCACAACAUGAAUAACACAGACACAGCUUCACAUCACCCUAACCUUUGAACCCAGCGAUGCUGAAAAUGUGGCGGAAACAUACAUAGUGAAAGAAAACUUGGUCUGACAACACCUCCAUUGGGCCACUGGAUAUAAAGUGGAAACUCCUGGUCAAUCGCCAUCCAUGUAAUGCUACAACGCUGAGCCUGCUCAGCGAUUUAAAGCUGGUCUUAAAUGUCCUUGACUGCAACGAAAACAAUUCUCGAACAAUUCUUCACCCACAGGUCACACGGCAUUUUCCUCUCAGGACUUUAAUUUUGGAAUUGUAGGUUUGAAGCAUCGACGAGAACACGUCAAACUGAAUGUCAUUCCAACAGUCAGUCUUUCCGUAUUGUGACUGAUCUGCUGUAUGUCAGUGAGAAAUUAGAAAAAUAUAUCCACAGUAUGGGCAUUGUAGAAUAAUUGUAAAUUUGGGAUUACUGUAACAGUACCUUAGUCUUUUGCUAAUGGAGUGGAUCUGAGGACGUUAACGUGAUAAUCACUGACUGUCUGUGCUUUAUAAAGCAAUAUUUUAAAUGACGAAAGGCGGGGAGGAGUAGCAGCACUAUAUGAGAUAAAUAUUUAGAAAUCUUUUUUAUUGAGCUGGAAUGCGAGUAUGAGUGACUGCUGAGGGAAACAUACAUUCUGCCACAGCUACAGUAGCAGCAUUUGUCGGCCUCGUAGCUUGUCCUUUGUGUGUGCUAAUGUAUACCGUAUGUCAUCUCUUGUAACACUGAUGCUAAGAAAAAGGGACAAGUCACUGUUGUAUCCUGCCUGCUUUCUGUCCCGGGUGUGACACUGUGAUUUCAAAUGCUCAGAAAUCGAGACACUAUGACAGCUACCUGGAUGCAAGAUUCCCAGUGUGACUGAAGUGAGCACCUUUGAAGUCACUCGAGGCAGCGGCUGACAGCUAUGUAUGAUGAUGAUGUUUAAGUCGCAUAAAUAAAUAAAACUACAUAAAUAAAUGAACUUAAAACAAACAAAAUCAGGUGGAGGGGAAGAAAUCUUGGGGUAACAUAAGUAAUUGACUGUUAAAAGUGAGAAAACAUGCUGUAUUAUUUUUAGAAUACCUGAUGUACCGCAAAUAUUGACACUUUUGGCUUACUUUGUGAGUUGGUUGAUGAUUUGUUUGAAAUUCAAAAAGGAAAAAUGAAGUGUGUUACAGAUAUAUGAAAGGGUGUGGUAUGGAAUGUGAUGAAAGCUGUCUUUUUAGAAUAAACUAACUGAGAUCGUUGCUCCUGAUUUCCACAUUGUGUUACCAUAAUGUUUAGAAUUGUUUUUAUUCUUGGGUUUUUAUUGAGCCAGGUUAGCAGACACUGAAACACACUGAAGAUAAAAACGGCCCUAGUUUAUCUUGUGUCAAGGUACUGUGGAAGAUUUUUUUUCCCCUAUAUGGAGCGACAUUUUUUCCAAAUGUAUGACAUAUUUUUAUGCUGGCAGUUUUACCAUGAUCAAAUUAAUUUUAUUGUAAGAGCAGGACCUUGAAAAUGAAAAUUCAAAAUGACCAAGUCUUUGUGGGGAAGGAAAGUUGGUUUGUCAAUUCAAAAAUAUUACACCAAAAUAAAUCAAGCAUUGGACAAUCCUGAAAUAAAUAAAACAUUGCAUGCAUUGACACACUAAAGGAUAAAAUGUGUGUUAUAGAACUUGUUAAUGUUUCCAUACCCUUUUUGUCAAAGAACCAUUCAUUUCUUUCUCUGCUCAUUUAGUGGAAUUUAAAAAAUCCCACAAAUGUAGAAAUAAAAGGUUCUGCUUCUAUUUUAACAUUUAGAAACACUACAAAAUUGUUCUU